AUGGACCACUCGCACCAUCACUCCGGGAUGAGCGACAUGGGCCACCCCAGUGACCCGGCCCCUCCACCCCAGCCUCCGGCCACCACGGGGCCCCACUCCCAUGGGGGCAGCACACACACGAUGCCCAUGACCUUCUAUUUCGGCUACAGGAACAUGGAGCUGCUGUUCUCGUGGUUGGUGAUCGACUCGGCUGCAGCCAUGGCCGUGGCUGUCGUGAUCGUGUUUCUGCUGGCCCUGGGCUACGAGGGACUCAAGGGAGUCCGCAAGGGACUCCAGCGCAAGGAGACAUCCUGGCCGCAGCUGCUGAGUGCCAUUCACCUCCGGAAGACGGUGCUGCACAUGCUCCAGGUGGGCGUGAGCUACCUGCUGAUGCUGACCGCCAUGACCUACAACGCCUACUUCGGCUUGGCCUUGCUGGCAGGGGCUGGCAUCGGCUACUGGCUCUUUGGCGGGAGGAAGGCCGAGGACAUGGAGUCCAAGACCCAUGACGUGAACAAGGUCGAGCUCCAUGAGAUUGGCAGCGGAAACUCUCCUGGCCUGCAGGAAUGA